CAACAGUAACAAUGAUGGACAACCCAGAUGCAUUGAGUGCUCAUGCACAUUCUUGUUGCAGUUACAAAUUCUCAAGAGAGCUCUAGAUCCUUCCUAUUGCAUCAGCCUUUUGAAACGUGAAGAGAGACUAGAGAGAGUGACGUAUUAUGCUGCCCUGCAAAGUCAUGACAUGUCGUUUUCAUCAAGGUCACGCCGAUGCACGGUAGCUAAAGGUCCAAUGUGUUUCUCCAUCGUCAGAAACCUCGAACGACGUUACUCCCCUCUUGGCCUCACAUUCGAAAGCCAACAAGAAUCGAAGUCCCACUACAAAUCGUAGUCCUUUGUUUGCUCCGAGGCUAUUUGAAGGUCCACGUCGUCACUUUCACAUUAAAUGGACAAGGUGAAACCAUUUUAACCCGCCACAUACAUGCAUCACGUGGAACCAACACCAACCACCAGUCUCUCUCUCUCUCUCUCUCUCUCCCGGUGCUCCAUAAAUACCGCUUCAUUCCACUCACUCCAUAGUCCCAACACAAUAGCACUUCAGUCUAGUCAUAUUCCGUUCAAUUGCAACUCUUUGAGUGUUGUUCUACUAGCGUUCCCAAAAUUUUCAGUCAUUGUCCGAAGAUCAUGGCCUCAACGAUGCUGAUGCGCUUGAUCCCUGCGAGUCCUAGGACUGUGAUCGACAUUAGUUCCAGGAAAUCUGUUGUGAGAGGGAUUUUCACUGCCAACCAUGUUCCUACGAUGGCUCCCCGUGGCGGCCUGCGAAUAAAGUGUAUGACUGAGGAGACCAAGCCGGAAGGUAGCACGGAAAUACCAGCUUCUGAAAUUCCUUCUUCAUCGCCUCCACCGAACCCAUCCCUGAAACCGAAAUCAAAGGUGAGCACCAACUUCACAGAUUUGUUCGCCUUCAGUGGGCCAGUCCCGGAGAGGAUCAAUGGCAGACUCGCAAUGAUUGGCUUUGUGGCCGCCAUUGCGGUCGAGUUGUUUAAAGGCCAGGACUUGUUUGCUCAAAUCAGUGAAGGUGGCAUCCCCUGGUUCAUAGGGACGAGCGUUUUGCUCUCGGUUGCAUCUCUGGUGCCGCUGUUCAAAGGAGUCACGGCCGAGUCAAAGUCAGAUGGGUUGAUGACUUCCAAUGCCGAAUUGUGGAAUGGAAGGUUCGCGAUGUUGGGACUGGUCGCAUUGGCCUUCACCGAAUAUGUUAAGGGAGGAUCACUCGUGUAGGAUUUUGGAAUAGAAUUUUAUACGUAAUCAGAAUGUAAUCCUUCCAAGCAAAUAAAGUAAACCAUUGUCUUGAUGCAAA